AGCCAACGCUCGCUUACGAACGUUAACCGGACAUCUUUUGUGUAGCGUUAGCUUCGCACUGACUAGCUUGACAGUAGCUAUCUUGUCGAUAAGGAAGUUUAUCAUUACGUUUCUGGACCAAAUCCCAACUUCUUAGACUUGGGGCACAACACCGCCUGACAGACAGCUGGAGAAGCUGAAGCUCAGCAGAGACUACAACGUAGCUGGAUACCUAUUGACAUCGCGGGGAGGAGGAUGUCUUCGCCAGUGUACUACAACCAAGACAGUAUUACCCGCUUCAAGAAAAGAAAAGCUCGCUUCUCUUUCAGUGAAGUCCACAUCCUGUUGGAUGAAGUGAGGAAGCAUCGGAUGGUUGUUGUGGGCAAAUUCAAUCGUGGUGUGCAAACAGACGUGAAGAAGCGCACGUGGGCAGAGAUCACUGCACGUGUCAAUGAGAUCGGGGAGUGCCAACGGGAGGUCAUCGAGGUCAUCAAGAAAUGGUCAGAUCUGAAAUGUGACACAAAGCGGAAAGUGGCAGCCAUGCGAUCGGGGACGGUGCCCAACAGGGGCCUCAACUCUCGUCUCUCCCGAGACCUUAAUCAGACUGAGAAAAUAGUGCUGCAGAUCCUGGAAAUGGACCAGGAAGACCAGAGCUCGGCUGACUUUGGCCCGCUGGGAGACGAUGACGAUGUGCCAGAUGAGGAAGAAGAAAUGGAUGAGGAGGAUAUGAUGGGAAUGCAGAGUUCUCCGAAUGGCGCGUUAGAUGUGGCUGUGCCCCCAGCAACCUCCUACAGCACACGGGACACUUCGCAAUCUGCCUUUGAUGUGCAGUACGAGGUACCUGCAACGGAAGAUGCUGAAGCUGCAUUUGGAGACUCGGACGAUGACCAAAGGGAUGAGGCGCCUCCUUCCACUCGGACUGCAAAACCAACAGAGGAUCACAAAGGAAACAACGGCAUCCAGAAACAAGGACCGACAGUGUCCGCUGCGUCGUCUGCACCGCCGGCCGCGCUUCCAAUCAGUCAGCCCUCGCAGAGCACGAGGGACAGCAUUCUGCACAGUGCAUCGCUGAGUCUUCAAGAACAGCACGCCACCAACAUCUUGUUGGAGACGGUCUCGCGCUCCCUGGAGCUUCUGUCCGAGUCUGUGCAGCAGCUGGCGGAGACCCAGCAGGAGUUUGUGCGCGAGUCACUGCAGCUCCAGCGGGAGACGGUGCAGGUUCUCAGAGACUUCACGGGCGGAGCCAUUGCGCUCAUGCACGACAAACUGAACGGGCGGCCGGCGUUAUAGCAACAAAGCCACAGACGGAGACUCCCAGUUGUACCAAUGACUGCAUACAUGGCCUUCGGGUCGGACUCCACCGCUGGUUACUGUACUUUUUGAUAGUACCCAACAGAUUUUCUGUUGUUCUAUUUUAAAACUGUAUUCGUAGAAACAUUGCAUCGAUGGAUUUACUGUCUGUGAGUUUACAGGGAAACGGAUUGAGAAAAUAACCGAUGUUGGUCACGUAGAAAGAACAUGUGCAGGUUUGGGGUUUUUUUUUUGCUACUGAAAGUGAGUCUCCUACCACUUACGCUGUAAAGCUUUUUUUUUUUUUUGCGCCGCAUUUACAGCCUUUUACAUUCUUUUAACGUUGACAUGCAAAGAAUGAAUCUUUGAUUUAGAAAAAGCCUGGGUCACCAGUUUGUGGGUCCUGGUAUAAGUUUUAGUUGCAUCAGUGUCUGAAAGAUUAUCACAAGUACUGUAAUGGUGAGUGAAUUUCUGCACCUGGCCAUUAUAUGGUCUAUAGUGCUAAACAAGGUGUGUUAGAUAUUUUUGAAAAUACCUGUAACAAAAAAGUUGUGAUUGUCUGAAAACAUUUUUUUUGUACAAUGCGAAAAUGAACACUUGAAUAUGAUGUUUUAAUAAUUUCUUUUAAAUAUGAAAUAAAUCCCUCAUGUAUUUAAACAGAA